AUGGAGCCUGCCCCUGACCUGUAUGGGAACUCUGGGGACAGGUUGGAUGCUUUCUUCACAUGCCUUCAGCCCCAGGGGGACUGGAAGGAGGAAGGGCAGGAUGCCUGGCAGAGAAUCGAGAGAUUCUUUCGAGAACAGUGCUUCCAUGAUGUUCUGGCUCUAAACCAAGAAGUCAAGGUGCUUAAGGUAGUAAAGGGAGGCUCCUCAGGAAAGGGGACCACACUGAACCACAGAUCUGACCAGGACAUGGUUUUGUUCCUGAGCUGCUUCUCCAGGUUCAAAGAUCAGGUGCAGUGCCGAAAAUCCAUCAUCAACUUCAUUGAGGAGAAACUGGAUCACUGUAGUAGAAGCUUGGCCUACAGCAUCACUGUGGUUGAACACAGAAAGAACAGGAAGCCUUGCUCCCUGACCUUAGCGGUCCAGUGCAGGAAGAGCGAUGACAUCAUUUGGAUGGAUGUGCUCCCGGCUUAUGAUGCUCUGGGAUCCUUUUGCCCAGACUCUAAACCAUCACCAGAAAUCUAUGAAGAUUAAAUAAGGAGCAAGACCCUCACUGCAGAGUUUUCACCAAGCUUCACAGAGUUACAGAGACGUUUUGUGAAAAGCCGCCCAGUUAAACUGAAGAACCUCCUGCGGCUGGUAAAGUACUGGUACCUGCAGUACAUGAGAUGUAAAUAUCCAAGAGUAAUAUUGCCCCAAAUUGCACUGGAGUUACUAACCAUCUAUGCCUGGGAAAUGGGUACAAAGAAAAGUGAUAACUUCAACAUGAGCGAGGGGUUCGUGGCUGUGAUGGAGCUCUUCAGAGAUUACAAAGACAUCUGCAUAUACUGGACCAAGUACUAUGAUUUCCAAAGUAAGGUUGUCAGAGGCUUUCUCAAACAACAGCUGAAGGGGAACAGACCCAUUAUCUUAGACCCAGCUGAUCCUACCAACAACAUAGGAAAAAGAAAAGGAUGGGAUCUGAUAGCCAAAGAGGCUGCUUAUUGCCUGCGGCAGGACUGUUGUAUAAUUGAAGAUGCCAGCCAGGGCUGGAAUGUGCCCUUGUUUAUUCCUCUCUUCCAGAGAGCAAGGGACAUCCAGGUAACAGUGAAACAGACAGGGAAGGAAACUUGGAGGCUCUGGGCAAACCCCCACAGGCCCAUCAGGAAGAUGAAAGUAGAGAUCAACAAGCAAACAAAUCUCUAUGGGGAGACACGCAUCUCCUUCCAAGAGCCAAAAGGGAAGCGGCAACUGCUCAGCAGCCAGAAGACCCUAGCAGAUUAUGGAAUCUUCUCAGAGGUAAGCAUCCCAGUGCUAAAGACCUUUCCUCCUGAGAUCCAGGUCUUUGUGAAGGAGUCCAGGGGCCAGAGUAAGCCUUAUGCCAUCGACCCUGAUGAUACCAUCGAUGUCCUGAAAGAGAAAAUUGAAGAAGCUGGGGGGCCUUGUAUAGAGGAUCAGAUACUGAUGUUUGAAAAUGAGGAACUGGAAGAUGAAUACAGCCUUGCAGACCUAAAGAUCAAAGAUUGUGACACCCUCUUACUCAUUAGGAUAGGCUGA